AUGCCUAAAUCACAUACAGUGUUGAACGAUGUGUCAAUGAAAAAUCUUUCCAGCAUACAAGAUGUAAAUCAAGAACACGACAAGAAAAGAGAACAGGGGAAGUUGGCACCCAAUCAAACAGCAAAGCUGGUAGUCCAACGUCCGUCGUAUGCAUACUCAUUAGCGGCUUCUAUCGAGCAAAACCAGAUCCACAUCUCGAGGCUACUUUUAACAACGCUCUAUGUUGUUCACGUACUCUACCCUCCAGCAAAGCCGUACACAGACAAAUUCAUACAUUUACAAUAUGAAAUACCACCAAGCGAAUACAGUGAACUUGCGGGAAGAACAGGAGCAUCAGUAAAUUCACCACAGGACUCACCUCUCUAUGAUAUUGGUAAAGAUGAUAUCUACUACGUUGUCUUUUGGGUAGUUACAUUGACGUUCUUAAGAUCUGCCCUCAUGCUGUACAUAUUCACACCCAUUGCAAUCAAAAUUUGUAAAAUACACUCCAGAAAGGCAGUGACAAGAUUCGCAGAACAAGGCUGGCAAAACUUCUACUACAUUUGCCUGUUCUCGCUUGGUGUCUACUUAUACGUGGGCAGUCCAUAUUGGAUUAUGAACUUGGAUCAUUUAUACCUUGGAUGGCCCCACUACCAGUUGGUCCCUCUUUUCAAGAAAUAUUAUUUGAUUUCCAUUGCAUUUUGGGUUCAUCAGAUGGUUGUACUAAACAUUGAAGAGCGUAGAAAGGAUCAUUGGCAAAUGUUCUCACAUCAUGUAAUUACAUUUUUCUUAGUAGUGGGAUCAUACUACUACUAUUUUGGUAGAGUGGGACAUUCUAUAUUGAUGAUUAUGGAUUCUGUGGACAUCAUUUUAAUCACUGCCAAGAUGUUAAAAUAUCUGGGUUUCGGUAUUAUAUGUGAUAUCUUAUUUAUAUUGUUCUUGAUAUCCUGGAUCAUAUUACGACACGGAGUGUACAAUGUACUUUUCUACCAUGCUUACUUGAAUGCGGGACCACUUAUGAAUGAAAUGAAGUGCUUCCCAGGAAAUGACUUAAAAAGAUGCUGGUCGCCCAAUAUCAUUAGAGUAUUCUUAUUACUAUUGGGUGGCUUACAAAUAAUUACAUGUAUUUGGAUGUACUUUAUAUUGAACGUGGCAGUUAAAGUAGUUACAGGGAAGGCUGCAGAGGAUGUUAGAAGUGACGAGGACGAUACCGAUGAAGAGGUGGAUGUGGUAGAAGAAGUUGAAGUUGAGCAUGAGGAGGAGGAGGAGGAGGAGGAGGAGGAUGAUAAUGACGACAUCGACGAAAAAGAGGAUGAGGAAUAG